GCCCACUAGUCGUUAAACGGCUAAGAAAAACCUGAGCAAGAACAUGUUCGUACUCUUGCCUCUCUUCUUUCUCUUUCUAUUUGCGCUUUGGCCAGGUGGUCUAUCCUUAUAGACAAUAGCACUGCUUCGUUAAAUCAAAAGACCCUUAACUACGUUCCAGCAUCGACUUGAUUUACAAUGACACAUUUGAGCGACUUUUCUUUCCUUGGUCGAGCCGUUAUCGAAGUAUACAUUUUUGUAUUCCUAGUAUAUCACAUCUGGUCUACCGAUAGAUUCCGGUGUCUGCAUCCCAGAAAAAUCUUUACGGGAGAACUAAAAAGUGUAGUAACGGUAAUGAUGUUAAUAAUGAUGCCGUUUCAGGCGUUUUACGAUUUUGAAACGACGAGAAUCAAAUACACAGUCGGUUACACUGCCGUCGCUCCAGGCUAUAUCGUCAGCACACCAUAUCAAUUGUGGCCCCAGGAGUUUAAGGACAUUCUUCCCACUAUGAACUACAUGGAAAGUGUGACCUUCUCACUGCAAACUGGUAUCUUCUUCUUGUUGCAAUGCUUUUGGUCUUAUCUGUCCAGCUCAGUGGCCAAGCAUAGUUUUAUGGGAAGCUGGGAGUUCAAAACUAAUGUGGCGUGGUGCGUAAUCAGUAUUGCGUUGUUCCCUGUGCUACAAUGGGCCUUCCGCGACGAUAUGACAAAGAGUGAAAUUGUGCCAGAACUUGCCUAUGGCAUUGAAGCACUUGUGAUCGCUGCUUUCGGUGUUCGUUCCCAUUUCCGCUUCCGAGCUUUAAUUAGCAAGACGCAUAAUGCAACGAACGGCAAAGCUAUUGUAACUAAGCUAACAUACUUUAUGGAGAUGAAUGUCUUGAUGACUAUCAUCUUGUUUUUGUACGGAGCUUCCUUUGUCAUUCUGUGCGUCGACGGUUUAACCACAAAUGCAAUCAUUAAUCAUAACAAGUUCGCCAUCGAUUUGCUUAUCAGCAACGUCAACAUCUGCACAGUCUUCUUGUGGUUGUUAUUUAUCAUGGUCUUCCACCCCCGCAAGCUUUAUGCCGGCCCCGUCACAUCACAGAUGGAAUCAACUCGUCCUAUUGGUACUGCACAUGAUACUGCGCCUGGUAAUAAAUUCAACAGUCGUGUAUCCAACUAUAUUUCAUACAAUGGCGAACAAAGCAAGAUGCAACAUACAGAUAGCGUUCACCGACCCAUGACUCCCGCCAUCGUGGAAUACCCCACCUCUUUGACAAACGACACCGCAUCGCUCACCCGCAACACUGGCCACGAGAGCAUCGCUAUCUCUGACCCGUACACUAACUCAUCCCUGACAUUUACCAUGGUCAGCCCAACAACCAAGCAAUAUAACACCGGAUCUCCCUCAAGCCCACGUCAAGAGUUUCCAAUGCGUCCAAUUAAUAGAGGCAGAUACGAAUCGUUUGACGAUCGUAGCGAAAGUGAAAAGCCCGACAGCAGAUAUAUGAGCAUUGCUCCUUCAGAAGUCCCUCCGAGCAUGUUCGAAGAAGCUUGGAUACAUGACCGAAAUCGCGGAACUGGCGAGGAAAUGGUGAACGAUUGGCUGAGACGAUCUCCUGAUAGAAAGCUUCCACCACCUAUUUAAGAACAAAGCCAUUUUCUGUUAACUUUGUAUUAACAUUUGCUUUUUAUUUUCACUUUCUUACUCAUCAUUCUUUUUGAGUAUGUCUUUAGUAACAUUGUAAUUAUGGUAGCUUACGACGUUUGCGUUAGGAUGUUUAUCCUCUGUAUUUGCGAGACUCGUAUCUGCCUUCUCGUAUAUUGCUCAUUUUGUGAGUCACCAUAAAAAUAACUGUUCCCAGGUGGGACAGCAAAAGGUAUACUGUGAUAGUUCAGAUCAUUGAAAGUUUUAGCGCUGAUGGUUCGAAGGGAAACAUGCCGGCAUUCUUUCCAAAAUACAGUCACACUGGCCGCC